AUGACUAAGCUACCGAAACUGGCUUCCGAUAGGUUACUAAACUUGCUUUAUACCACCACGUCUUAUGAAGUACAGUCCAAGGUUCCUUAUAUGAGUAAAGUACUCUAUAACAUUGGUCAGGAUGAUGCUACCAAGGAGAACCCAGUAGAGCAUCGUUCAAUACUUGACGACUUACAAGCCAAUGAUUGGAAACAAAAACCAGUUUCAGAAGCUGUUAGAGACCUUGUCAGACUCAAUAAAAGCCAUCUAUCUACCAAUAUUCUCAAAUUCAAAUGUGCUAAUUCGUUUAUACUGAGUUGGGAUUUCUAUAACAUGUUCCCCAUUAACAGAGAAAGAACGUACUUACUCCCUUCUAAGCUACGUAAAAAGGGAGUAGAAUUUGAGGUUGUGAAAGCACGAGAUCCCAAUACUCUUCUUUUCAAUGGGUCCUAUUAUCUUAUAUUUCCCAAUCAUAUUCUGGCAUCAAUAUAUUGGCUAGAAACACGGCUAAAAACUAUUAAUGGUAUGAAUGUUAAAUUUGAGUUCGUCAAACCAAUAGAAUCAGAAAUGAAGUACAUGUCUUCCCCAUAUUUUGAUUCAGAACUUGUUGGAAGUAGUAAGUUGCAUUAUAAAUCAAAUACUAUUUCUAAAGAUGGUGGUUCAAGGAAUACCCCAAUAAGAAAUAUAUUUAAGGAUUCAGAGUCGAAAUUGGGUUUAAUAGAAGAAGUUUUCAAGUACAAUAAAACAUACAAAGAUAAUAAUGAAGAUAUUAACCAAAUUAAUCCAAUUUACACACUGUUAAAGAGUUUUAUUAGCAUGAACACACGGUUGAAUAGUGUGUUGGUAAGAAAUCUACCAUUUGGAUUGUCUAAAUUUGCAUUACCCAAUCUCUUAUGGGAUUAUGAUCUAGCUCCAUUGUCCAGAGUUUCUGAUUGUUUUACUACUAUUGCUAAAGACCCUCUGUUACAGAUUAGCUUACUGAUGAUUCAAUUUGCGGAUCAAGAAAAUGCCAGACGAUUUGUUAGAAGCUUCCACGGGAGGUUAUGGCCAGGCAGCGUACAGAGUAAACAAGAAAUGGCCAUGGACCAGCCGUUAAUAUGUGAAAUCAUAGAUUAG